CUGCCGCCGCCGCCAGGUUGUGCCUCAGACUGACAGAUAAAGCGGCGGGCCGGGCCGGCGGGGCGGUGAGCACGGCCCGAGCCGGACAUGGCGGCGCUCUACGCCUGCACCAAGUGCCACCAGCGCUUCCCCUUCGAGGCGCUGUCUCAGGGGCAGCAGCUGUGCAAGGAAUGUCGGAUUGCACACCCUGUUGUGAAGUGUACCUACUGCAGGACCGAGUACCAGCAGGAGAGUAAAACCAAUACAAUAUGCAAGAAAUGUGCUCAGAAUGUGCAGUUGUAUGGAACGCCCAAACCGUGUCAGUAUUGUAACAUAAUUGCAGCAUUUAUUGGCAAUAAAUGCCAACGCUGUACAAAUUCAGAGAAGAAGUAUGGACCGCCAUAUUCUUGUGAACAGUGCAAGCAGCAGUGUGCGUUUGACAGGAAAGAUGAUAGAAAGAAGGUAGAUGGCAAAUUGCUGUGCUGGCUGUGUACACUUUCGUACAAACGGGUCCUGCAGAAGACCAAAGAGCAGAGGAAGCAUCUGAGCAGCUCUUCUCGGUCUGGCCACCAGGAGAAGGAGCAGUACAGCCGCUUGAGUGGCGGUGGCCAUUACAACAGCCAGAAAACACUUUCUACAUCUUCAAUUCAAAAUGAAAUCCCAAAGAAAAAAUCCAAGUUUGAGUCAAUCACAACUAAUGGAGACAGCUUUUCUCCAGAUCUGGCUUUGGACUCUCCAGGCACUGACCACUUUGUCAUCAUUGCCCAACUGAAGGAAGAAGUGGCCACUCUGAAGAAGAUGUUGCAUCAGAAGGAUCAAAUGAUUUUAGAGAAAGAGAAGAAGAUUACAGAGCUGAAGGCUGAUUUUCAGUACCAGGAAUCUCAAAUGAGGGCCAAAAUGAACCAGAUGGAGAAAACCCACAAAGAAGUCACAGAACAGUUGCAGGCCAAGAACCGAGAGCUCCUGAAGCAAGCAGCAGCCUUGUCCAAGAGUAAGAAAUCUGAGAAGUCAGGAGCUAUAACCUCACCAUGAUAGACCACAGGGAGGCGCUCCAGCGACAGCACAUGGAGUCAUCCGGGGUUAGAGUUGGAGACCUGGCUGUUCUCUGGGAAUUGCAAGCUUUCUUAAGAAAUCUCUAUUUUAUUACAGUUAUCCUUCUUUGUGUGACUGCAGUGGGCUGAGUGGGGACACCUGCAUUCUGGCUGCAUGCUUGAGUGUGUGGGCUUUCGAGCUCCUCUCUUUCUCCUCUCCCUCUCUGUCCCAUCCCCAUAUCCCCGCCCAUCUGCUCCUCUCUCUCUCUCUCUCUCUCUCUCUCUCUCUCUCUCGGUACUCCUCUUUGGUUUUGUUUGUUUGUUUUUGUGGUGGUAACUGCUCCGUGUUAUGUGCAGAAGGUUGCUUUCGUCCAUCACUGCAUCCUGCCAUACCCGUGAGCCACUAGCUUGGUGUUAAUCACGUAUCACUGCCGCCCUCUGAACUUCGAAAACUGCCACCUUCUGACUUGGUACAAUGGAAGAGGCUUUCUCUCAAAAAAAAAAAAAAAAAAAAAAAUUGCUUCAGGGUAUAUUCUUGGGUUUUUUUCCAGGUAUAUUAUGUAUGAACUUUGUACUAUGUAUAGCCAGAGUUUUAUUUAUUUUUUAAAACAAGAAACUUUUUCUUGAAAAAGGAGUAACAGUAGACUAGCCUGUUCUUGUAAAAGCAGCGCCUCUUGAAACAAAGAACAGUCCUGUCCUCUAGCUUUUAGUAAAGAGUCAGAUCUUCUGUUGAUACCUUGGAGUCUCUGAAAACUGAUUGCUGAGGUGAACAAUUUCAAUACAUAAGUGUGGAGUUAAGUGCCUUUUGGAGGAUUUCUUGGAAGAGCAUUUAAGGAGAUGCUUAAGGGAGGGAGCAAAGAUUUAGCAGUCUGUCUUUUUAAGUAAGGGCAGAGAAAAAAGUCGUCCAGGUUGUACUGGACACUUCCCUCCUCACCUCUUUCCUGAUUGUUUUUUGUGAUUGCUUUUAAAUUCUCACUGCCACUUCUUUUUGAAAGAAGACUUUUACUUCUUAUCUCAGUUUUUUUUUUUUUUUAACAUGAGCAAAUUCAAAACAGGAUAAUAUUUGAACUGUAAGAGUAUUUCUGGGGUUCGUACAGCUGCUCAGGUGUGGACUCUGCAUCUGAUUGGGAGAAAUCCUAUCACUGUACCUUCUCCCCACUCCUCCUCACUCAUCCAGCCCGUACACUCCCUGCUGUCAGUGGAAAAAGAGUGAAAACGGGCUUCUCAGGAGCAGCUGGAGUGCAGCCAGAGCGGUGUGUGCCCUGUCUUCCUCUCUUGAUCCAGUGGGCACAUGGAUUUGCUUUUCCAGAAAGGGGAUGGAUUUGCACUGGUAGCCACACUCACAGGUCCUCUGUGUGCUGUUUCUGAAAGGAAUUAGGGAGGGAGUCAUGUGCCAUAAAACAGCAAAACCAACGACCCUGGAGUCGCCAAUGCAGGAGAGCACAAGUAGAGGUCGUUGUGAUGGCAGCGGGCCUUGGCACCUCCGCGCUGGGGUGGUAGGCAUAGCUUACUAGAAGUGUCCUAAAAGCAGGUGCUCUGUGAUUUGUGGUGGCAUUCUCCUGAGUCUGGAGCCCUGCACAGAACUGGACAGAGAUGUGGAAAUAGGAAAGGGAUGCAGUGGACCGUGUUGCUUCUGUGUCACCCAGGGAGUCAUGGACUUUUCCCCUAUGAGCAAGGGAAAUGACAGCGCUACAUAGUUCUGUAACUUUUUGAAUGAGAAACUUUUAGGUAAAGAUCAACUGUGAGAUAAUAUUUUUCAGAUGCAUUUGCAUUGACCUUGGGGAGAUUUGCAAAAUUGAGUUUUUUUUUUUUUUUUAAUUUUAAAGACUGAAAAACUCUGUUAUGUGAAGUAUAAACAAUAUGAAAACAUGUUUAGUUUUAUACAAAAGUCUUUUUUUUAAGGUCUUAGCAUUUAAUAAAAAGCAAAUCCACACAUUUUCUAACUUUCCAUAAGUUCCUAAAAGGGAAGGAAGAAACCUCAGUCUUGAAAUUUUGAUUUUUAAAAAUCAUGGCACUGUUUUACCAUGAAAUUGAGUAGCUAACUUUUGGUAACACUUUUUGUUUCUUUGUAUGUUUGUAAUAAUGGACAUUUUAAAACACAGGAAUGUUUUGGUUUGUACAGACUUUGACAAAUGUGUGUUAAUAAAAAUUCAU